GGUGUUACUGGCAAGUUUGUAUUUCCUCAUUCCAUUUCAGACCAUAAAUCCUGCAGCAAUCCAACUAAAUGUGAGACUUAAUUUAAAUUGGAUUCUUCCUACACCCAUUUUUACACCUAAGGUAUCACUGAAUAGUUUAAAAUGACGCAUUCAAGCAACUUGAUGAGAUUUUCCGUAGUUUUCUGCCUGUCGUUGUCAGUGAUAUUUGUUACACAAUGCGUGGGAAGCUGCGACGCCGGUCACAGUACAGACACGGAUGGGUCUGAAAACGUCGGGAUAUGUACAUGCACGAGUGCCAGUGACUCUUCAACGCUGACGUGUUCUGAAGAGCCGACGGAUUGUGAGGUCGACGAAGUUUUGCAUAGAAGAUCUUGUUACAGAUUCCUUCGUGGCAACAGUGACCUCAAGUCACGUGAUGACGCCCAUCGGGAUUGCAUUGCUCGUAAUAGUCAUCUCGUCUACAUCGAGUCAGUAGAGGAGCAAACAUUCUUGGCGAAUCAUUGCCAUAGGCAGUCACCCAGAGAUAGCAGCAUUUCUGCAGCUGAUCAUUACUGGAUUGGACUGAUACCAACCACCAACAACACCUGGCUGAAUAGGAGUCUGGCACACAAUGAUCUAUUUGAAUUCUCUCAAGACAGCAAAGCUGGAUGUUUCUCACUGUAUAAAUCUCGCGGGGAAGUACGUUUGAUUGGUGAGAAUUGUAAUCGAAAGAACCAGUUCAUCUGUGAACGUCCUUAUGAAUGCAGAGCUGGAUAUUACGUUAAUCAUGAAGGUUCGUGUUAUUGGUUCGGUAGACAGAAGAUAUUUAUCUUGGCCCGAGAUAGUUGCAGAUAUUGGGGCGGUCAUCUACUGUAUAUCGAAUCAGAAUCCGAGCUACAGUUCAUCGACAGUCACUUCGACUCUGAAAACUCCGCAAGGUACUGGAUAGGAUUGAUUACUCAGUACGUUUGGUUGGAUGGCAGCCGAGCAGUCUAUCAAGAUUUCGGGCAGAGAGAACAUAGCAACAACGAUGAUAGUCUUUGCUUCAAGUUAUCACCCAUAGAUAACUUUUUGUGGUAUGACUGGGAUUGCAGUUCAAACUACAGCUAUAUCUGUGAGCGAGAAAAGACUACGCUCUCUCGGGAAAAACAAGGAAGUUCAGAGCCAUGCCGACCAUCGCUUCCUAAUCUCAACCGACUUUUUGACUCCUUGCCCAUAUGCAUCAGUAGUGGCAGGGAUCACUUUGACAACGCUGUUCUCUGUCAAUGCAAUGACAAAACAACUUGCAUCAGUGGGUGUGGCUGUGUACGUGAUAUCACUGCAAAUGGGAAUGAGACGGCACAGUGCAGCUGUGGCUCUUGCAGUUUCGCCUUUGACACGUCUGAAAACGGAAACGGUUUAAGAUGGCCAUCUAAUUUCGCCUGUAUCUGUGCUGCAAAUGGUACUUCUUCUCGUGCGACUGUUGUCGAUGGAAUAUUUACCUGUUUGACGGAUAACUUGGAAUCUACGACUGCACGAAGAAUUGAAAAAAGAAAAACCUCCGGGAUGACCUCAACACCAUCAAGAGUAUAUCAAGUGUCAACGGAAAACAUCGCUACCGGAAGGGGUGGAGACUCGGAUGGCCAGGUUGGCAUAUCGGUCGGAAUCCCCGUGGCAGUCAGUCUAGUCAUAUUGUUUUUCUUAGUGGCACUCGUUGCUGGAUUUAUCUGUUGGAGAAGACGUGGAAAGAGGGCAAAGAAAGGGCCUACCAAACAGCUGACAUCGGAUACACGCGUUGUUGGGUCGCACACAAUAAAUGUAAAUCCAACAUACACAGGAGUCUGUGAUGAUCACGUGACUGAAGACAUCUUAAAACCAAUCGCAGUGGCUCGUCAGAAGAGGGUUUUGAAGCCGCAAGCAGAUACUGUCUAUUCCAACAUAAAGCCAAUCGAUCAGGCAGCCAGCGAAUCAGAGUGUUACGUCACUAUUCACUCUAAUGGAUACACUCUAGACAAGCCAAAGGAUGAAAGGGACGUCCACACAACUCUACAUGGCAAGGAUAGCAGCGAAGCCAAGAAUACUCCCGACCCGGCUACUGGAUACACUGCUUACAAACCACAGCGUGGAAAUGAUGU